GUACAAGAGGAAGAAGAAGAUUCUCGUUUCGUUCCGGACAUCCGAGCUCCUUGCUGCUAGUUUCAUAUAAUAUAUAUAUAUAUAUAUACAUAUAUAUACAUACACCCAUACAUAGAUAUACGUACGUGUCCUCCUCUCUGUGUUUAUACGUGUAUUAUACGUGGAUGCGUUUGUCUCUCUCAUGUGUUCGUCGGCAGUGCGACGAGUAAGACUGGAAGCUUGGAAGUGAUUUUCGUGCCGCGAAAAGGAGGGAGAGAGAAAGAGCUAUACGAUAUUUCUCUCUCUCUCUCUCUCUCUCUUUCUAUUUCUCUCUUAUACACACAUUUGCUCGCUCUGUCACUCCCUCUCUCUUUCUCUCUCUAAGUCCCUGUUCUCUUUCCAUCCUCUUCUAGCGGUCCGUCAGACCCGAUUUUUUGGGGUGGGGGUAAGGCCCACCGUCGCGCGCGCACGUGCGUCCCACCGUUGCGCUGCCUCUCCCGUGUUUUCUUCUUACAGCGCUUCCGACUUGUUCUCCCUCUCCUCGUCCAUCCUUCCCUCUCCCACUCUCUCUCUCUCUCUCUCUCUCUUUCUAUCUCUAUCUCUCUGUCGCUCCGGAUCGUCCCCUUUUCGGAGUAACGUCCUCCGGGAGUGUGACGCGCGCUAUGUGACGGGAGGGUGGCCAACAUCGAACGUGCCGGAGAUCCUACACUCGUGCUCGGCUCUGAAGUGGCUUGUGUGUACAUUGAAGAUCAUUCCUUUAGAUUUUUCUUUGAGGAAAUAACGGACAUAAGAGGAGGAGAAGAAGGAAGAAGAAGAAGAAGUAGUACUAGUAGUAAUAAUAAUAAUAAUAAUAGCAGUCCGUCAAACGGAGUGGAAGAGAACGCGAAGAUAAACGAAAGAAGAAGAAGAAGAAGAGGAAGAAGAAGAAGUGGCGGAACAAGAGAGGAGCAAAAGUACGAAGGGAACAAGAGGAGGAGAGUAAAAGAGAGAAAGAGAAAGAAAGAAAGAAAGAAGGAGAGGAUAAAUAGAAGCAGCGAAGAUCACCGGCCGUAAACACGCAUGAGGGUCUCAUGGCUACCGGAUUGGUGAAGUGGUGGCGAGCAAGGUUCCUUGCGGGCUACAAACCUUUUUCUGUCGUCGGUGGUAAUACUGAGGGUAGCGAUUCGGAGGAACUAUUAGGGAGCGUCGCGACGCCCUGCACCGGUUCACCCCCGUUACCAGCGGAAUCGCCACAGGUUACGGUCGAUGGAACCGCCAGUCCGGCACCACCAGCUCCAGGAAAUGACGAACGACCUACCAGCAGUACGACGAAACAGCUCAGCUUCGAGGAAUUCGAGUGCGACGUAUCGGUCGCGGAGGGUGAUCGAAGGAGGCAAGAGUUUUCAUUUACGCUAUACGACUUCGACGGUCAUGGAAAGAUAACGAAGGACGAUAUAGCCGGACUGGUUACAACCAUUUACGACACUCUUGGUAGGUCCAUCCAAGUGCCACCGUGCGGCAGUAAAACGAUUAAGGUCAAGCUGACUGUAUCGCCUGAUCAGCGUGCCGGACAAACGCGUACCACCUGCCCGAAUUCUCAGCAAGGGCCAACGACAACGACCACUACGACGACGACAACUACUACGAGUCUGCCGGCUAAUUCGCCUUGCUGUCAUGUCAAGCACGCGGCCUCCUGUACCGGUGGUGGUGGUGGUGGUGGUAGUAGUAGUAAUCAUCAUCAUCACUCGACGACAACUCAGACGCAUGCCACUCAUGGCUCGCGCAAAGUUCCUAGAAGGAGAAGACCGAUUCGGCAUCGAUGUCAGACGCAACAAAGAGAAGCAGAGACGCACAGCGAGGACGAUGCCGAGAACACGCGAAGCAGCCGCGUGAAACAGGAAGAACUCCGUAGGAGGGUCGGCCCUGUUCCUCAUUUACCAUCGCCUUAUUCGAACAGUUCGGAGGGUGAUGUCAGCGACGACAGCGAUACUUCGCCCGCUUUUUCUCCCUUCACGCCCUUACUCACCACCAAUCAACGAAAACGUAGCGGCGCACUUCAGAGGCAACAAUUGUUAGAGAUAAUACAGGCAAACAUGGAAAAGAACAAUCUCAGUUUUCAUACACCGAGGAAACGACAUCAAAACGAACACGUACGCGUUCCAUCUCGAAGCCCACAUAUCGAGCCAACGAACGUUCAAACAUCGAAUUACAAUCAAAACUGUCGGCCACCCUCGGAAUCCCGACAAUCGACAACAAAUUAUCACAAACCAGUUCGGGAAAACUCUCAUCACACGGUUGCAUUUUCAAAAUUACCGACGAAAACGCGAGGAAACUUAAGAAAGAUGCGGGGCCAACACGGGAUCCAACAACAACAGCAGCAGCAACAGCAACAACAGCAGCAACAGCAACAACAGCAGCAACAACAGCAGCAACAGCAGCAACAACAACGUAACGCAACGGCUAUAAUAACGACGGGAGGAACAACGACAGUUGCUGCAGCAACUACGACAACGACGACUACGGCGACACAAUCGUCGAAAUCGUCGGGACAGCAACAGCAACAACAACAACAACAACAACAACAGCAGCAGCAACAGCAGCAGCAACAACAACAACAACAUAUUAUUCAGCAGCAAGGGCAACUACAACAACAACAGUUAUCAGCUGUUCGUAACAUCAUCGGUCCAACGAUAAACAACGAAACACAACAUUUGUUAGGAAAUCGCAAUAUCGUCAAUCUCGUACCGAACAACAAUCAGGGUGGUCAGAUUAUAAAUCAGAGUCCGAUGAUAAACAAUCACAAUGUUCAAAGGCAAACGACGACAGCGGAUCCGGGCCAAUACGUUCAAUCGCAGUCUCAAUGUGGUAAAGCUAGCAAGAAGCAUCAAUUGAAACACGCUACAAGAGAACAGGAUCAGGCUAGGGCGAUGGCGCAAGUCGUUCGCUGGCUCGAACGUGAAUUUUCACAAAACGCUGCUGCUGCUACUACGGGAAGGAGACACGUUCAUGAGCAUAUUCAUCAUCAUUAUCAUCAUUAUCACGCCGAAGCUCUCGUUUGAUCGUUGUCUCUUGCCAAGGAAAUAUCACCGUUGUCGUUGUUGUCGUCGCUUUCGACGAUGCUCGUUACGUGUGUACGAUGCACAACUUUUUGUCUUUCAUUCUUUUCAGUAUGAGAAGGAAAGAGAACAAUGGUAAGAUACACGCUCAACCGAUGAAAAAUGUUUCUCAAACGAAAUGUCUGAUAGGAGAGAAUCGAUUCUCUAUGCGUAUCGCUCUUUUUUUUUUUUUUCUUUCAUCUAUUCCUAUUUUUUUUUUUUUUUUUGUCAGAUAGUUUCUUUUCUUUUCUUUUUUUUUCCCCUACAAAAUGAUACGUACGUCGUUUACUCUAAAAAAAAAGACUGUGGACUACUGCUGAUAAACAUACGAUACUCGACGAUAUCGAAAUGGAGAUUGAAAUUCCUUUAGGAUCGUAAUGAAUAAUAAAUUAUUGGAGUCCUCGACGAAUCUUUGAGAGAGAAAAUAAUUUUUUUUGUUUGUUUUUUUUUUUUUUUUUUUUUAUCUUUCCGACUUUUAUCCUUUCUUACCCGACGAUAUUUUUUCAUCGACGAUGCAGUUGUUUAACAACAAAGUAAUAGUAAUAUUAAUAAUAAUAAUAAUAGUAAUAAUAAUAAUAAUAUUAAUAAUAAUAAUAAUAAUAAUAAUAAUAAUAAUAAUAAUAAUAAUAAUAAUAAUAAUAAUAAUGAAAUAAUAAUAAUAAUAAUAAAAGAACGUUGAUAAAAUGUUUGCUGGAACUGGGACACCCCGUGUAAAGAGGGAAGACAUUUUUUUGAUCGAUAUGAUCAUAAAUGUGAUUAACGAUAUUGACUCCGAAUAGAGUAGUGGAUACGAUUUACUCGCGACCAUAAUGCAUUAUUCUCGAAUCUCAACGCGCGAAUACAAAUAAAAGUAAAUUAAAUUAAAUUAAAUUAAAUUAAAUUAAAUUAAAUUAAAUUAAAUUAAAUUAAAUUAAGUUAAGAUAAGUUAAAUUAAAUUAAUUUAAAUUAAAUUAUAUUAAAUUAAAUUAUAUUAAAUUAAACUAAAUUAAAUUAACGAGUAGCUGAAAAAAAUCUCAAACAUGCCUAAGGAGAACCACCCUGUUAAUAGUGGCUAGUUUUUGUUUUUUGUUUUUUGGUUUGUUAAAAAUAUUUUAUUGACCCGCGAUUAAUAAUUAAUAACGAUGAAGAUACAUCUGAGGAAAGGGGAGAGCCUAUUUUUUCAAUUAAAAAAAAAAAAAAAAAGUAAAUUACGAUUAUGGUUAAUAACGAAUUAUGAUGUUAGAUUUUUAUCAUCGAACGUAAUCUAAUUAAUUAAUGCGAAUACGUCGAAUACGCAAAGUUCGAAAACUGAAAUUAAUUGCGCUGGUAGUUUCUUCUUUAGAUCUUUUUUUUUUUUUUUGUUUCUUUUUCUUCUUCCUUUUUUCUGUUUCUUUCUUUUUAUGUUUUUGUCGAUUGAACAAUUGGAAAAAAGACGCAAAUCUCAGUGCGUUUUUUUAAAGACUCGUACGUAUAAUAAU